AUGUCGAAGGAUUUGAAGAGCUUGGAGCAGGAGGCUGUGGAGUCGUCUACGUAUCUGGCGAGCGAUGAGAAGUCAUCGACUCAGAAGCUGUCACGGAAGCCCAGGGAGACCCACGGAGACGGCGUGAAGCCGUGGGUACACUUCGUUGCUGGAGGCGUUGGUGGGAUGGCCGGGGCCGUGUGUACGUCCCCGUUUGACGUUGUGAAGACCAGGCUACAGAGCGAUGUCUAUGCGUCGACUUACAAGAGCACAGUGAAGAGCCAUAACGUUGUGAUACAGGCAGCACAGCACUUCAAGGAGACGUUUGGCAUCAUCGGCAACGUCUAUCGCACAGAGGGGUUUAGCGCGCUGUUCAAAGGCCUGGGCCCGAACUUGGUCGGGGUGAUCCCGGCAAGGUCGAUCAACUUCUUCACGUACGGUGUGAGCAAAGAGGUGAUCUCGAACAACUUCAACCACGGCCAGGAGGACCCCUGGGUCCACCUGAGCGCGGGUGUGCUGGCCGGCGUGGCCACGUCCACCGCGACCAAUCCAAUCUGGCUGGUCAAGACCAGGCUCCAGCUGGACAAGGCUGGCCACAAGCUGUACAAGAACUCGUGGGACUGUAUCAAGCAGGUGCUCAAGCAGGAGGGAAUCUACGGGCUCUACAAGGGGCUCACGGCGUCGUACCUGGGCUCAGUGGAGAGCACACUUCAGUGGGUGCUGUACGAGCAGAUGAAGAAGGUGAUCAGCGACAAUGCUAGGAGAAGAGAGCUGAGUGGCCGUGAGCGUACGCAGUGGGACUCUGUUCUUGAAUGGGGAGCACGGUCCGGGUCUGCUGGGCUGGCCAAGUUCAUUGCAUCGAUGAUCACCUACCCUCACGAGGUGAUCAGAACAAGGCUCAGACAGGCACCGUUGAAGGAUGGCAAGCCCAAGUACACCGGCUUGGUGCAGUGUUUCAAGCUGGUGGUGAAGGAAGAAGGCCUGGCGUCGAUGUACGGAGGACUGACACCACACCUUCUGAGAACGGUGCCUAAUAGCAUCAUCAUGUUCGGUACAUGGGAGCUGGUGAUCAAGCUGUUAUCGAAUUGA